CUCUUCUAGGAGGGUAGUUCGGUCAAAUUUUCCGUGGCCGCUAAAAAGGGCUAUCUCAAUUUUUUCCUUCUUCUCCUCUGCGUUGCAAGAUUCUUGGAAACCCCCAAAUUCUUGUAUUUGAUUAGAAAAGGUAACUGGUUAUCCUUUCAGUGAUUGUUUUUAUCUGUAUCAACCCCUUGGCAGUAUUUUUCAUUUUUCAGUUAAGGCUCCAGCUAUCAUAUUUGGGUUGGUUUUUUAAUAAUAAAAAACUGAUAAAUUCCGGUUCAAUACUCUUUGUUUCCCUACUGAGCAAGUUGCAACUCUUGGCCAAAAUGGUAACUGAGUUAAUCAAUGCGAACCCUAUCAUAUAUGAAAAGAAAGAGCGUCGAGCUCCAUCUGCUCCAUCUGCUCCCCAUGAUGAGUAUGCUGUCGAACCAAUCCACCAACAAGAGGUUUUUGAUCAUAUAAGAGAUAUAAAGGACCCUGAGCAUCCAUAUUCCUUGGAAGAGCUUAAGGUGAUUACUGAGGAAGCAGUUGAAGUUGAUGAUCAGCGUAAUUAUGUGAGGGUUACAUUUACUCCAACAGUGGAACAUUGCAGUAUGGCAACGGUUAUAGGUCUAUGCUUACGUGUCAAGCUCAUGAGAAGCUUGCCUUCACGAUACAAGGUGGAUAUCAGAGUGGCACCUGGAUCUCAUGCAACUGAAGCUGCAGUUAACAAACAAUUAAAUGAUAAAGAACGGGUGGCAGCUGCACUGGAAAACCCAAACCUUCUGAAUAUGGUUGAUGAUUGCCUUGCUCCAUCUUAUGAUUGAAGGAACUUUUUUCCUCCUCCAAUUCUCCAAAUGCAAUGAACUCUGUAGGUGCUUUUAUGCCUGUCGUAGAAGUUGGUCAGCUUUAUCUGUGUUUAUGAUAUUUUUGGUUGCUGGCAUAUUGGUCAUGCAAUUCGUUGAAUAGGAAUACAUAGUUGGAAAUGUGAUAGUUGAGAAGGUUCCGAGGUUAUUUGAUCAUUAGCUCCAGAAAAGAAAAAGGAAAUUCUUUCCAUGUUUUGAAAUUCUCAGCUCAUGCUUCAUAGAUUGAACAAUUUAUACCAUGUUUGGUUGAGAAGUUGUAAAAGAUGAACAUUUCAUUAGCGAUGGCAACACUUGUUGUCUGGCUUUUUUCAUGGGUGAAGUUAUGUCUCUGGAACUGCAUCUGUCAUGUGGUUAUGCAGAUUUUGUUGAAUCUGCCAGCAGUUCUGUAACAGGGAUUGGGGACCCAUGAGAUAGUCAACAGAUGAUAUGGAGUCUUUUUUAUUCUGUAACCUUUUCGAAUGUGUAUUUCUGAUGCCCAAUUUUAUCAAAUAAUAUUUUACUUUGGCUGACCAA